AGGGAUCCCACCCCCUCUCUGUGUUUUCACUCUGAAGCUCUACACAACUUUACACCUGAAUGAACGCCAAACCUCAGGGAUAUAUAAAGGGAACCUUGAGGAGGAAUUUCACAGUUACAGUGCAGAAGCAGAGGGAAAGGAAUUAACUAGCUCUCCAGCCAAGCAAAUCCUCUACUCACCAUGCUUCCUCCUGCCAUUCAUUUCUAUCUCAUUUCCCUUGCUUGCAUCCUAAUGAAAAGCUGUUUGGCUUUUAAAAAUGAUGCCACAGAAAUUCUUUAUUCACAUGUGGUUAAACCUGUUCCAGCACACCCCAGCAGCAACAGCACGCUGAAUCAAGCCAGAAAUGGAGGCAGGCAUUUCAGUAACACUGGACUGGAUCGGAACACUCGGGUUCAAGUGGGUUGCCGGGAACUGCGUUCCACCAAAUACAUCUCUGAUGGCCAGUGCACCAGCCUCAGCCCUCUGAAGGAGCUGGUGUGCGCUGGGGAGUGCCUGCCCCUGCCACUGCUCCCCAACUGGAUCGGAGGAGGCUAUGGAACCAAGUACUGGAGCAGGAGGAGCUCCCAGGAGUGGAGGUGUGUCAACGACAAAACGCGCACCCAGAGGAUCCAGCUGCAGUGCCAAGAUGGCAGCACGCGCACCUACAAAAUCACCGUGGUCACCGCCUGCAAGUGUAAGAGGUACACUCGGCAGCACAACGAGUCCAGCCAUAACUUCGAGAGCAUGUCGCCUGCCGAGCCGGCCCAGCACCACAGAGAGCGGAAGAGAGCCAGCAGGCCCAGCAAGCACAGCAUGAGUUAGAACUCAGACUCUAAAACUGGACUGACUGGUAACCAUCUGCUUUACAGAUUUGAUUGCUUGGAAGACUCAAGUCUGCCAUUGCUAUUUUCUUACUUGAAAAGAUAUGCUUUCUGCUUUGAUCAAACCCAGCAAGCUGUCCUAAGUAUCGGGACCUUCUUUGGGAGUAGCUUUUCCUUUACAGGUUUUUCAAGAUGUACACACAUCCAUGAGUGCAAUUUGUAUUUAAAUUCCAUGCAUCCCGUAGUUUUAAUUUCCCAUGAUUCUUGAAAGACCGGUGAUACUAUAUAUAUAUACUAUAUAUCGAAUAAUCACUUUUUAAAAGGAAAGGGCUUCUUAGUUACCCUGCACUGCCCAACCCAUCCCCCUACCCAGCAAACCCCUCCCAAACUGAAAAGUUAAAAAAAUGGUUGCCUUGAGUAUUUACAAUAAUACUUCAGAAGGGUGCUUUUUCUUUUUCUUGGCAAUCUUCAUGGAACAGUUUAGCAGCCAUGAGUGAUCUUCCUUUGACAGAGUGAAAGACCUUGUGACAUUUCACUUCAAAAAUAAGCCCUGAAGCUUUUUACAGUCUCAUAGUAUGAAAUUAUACCCUGCAUGCUGACCCUCGCUUGGAAUGGAAUGCCAGAAAUGCAUGGCAGCAGCUAAUAAGUAAAGUUGAUUAACUAUUUAUUUGUCAAUGUUAUUAUUUAAUGAGCUUUUACAUGUGAUUUUUUUCAAAAUGUAAUUUUUUUAUGUUAUGAAGCUUUUUCAUGUACCUAAAUAUUUUCCUGUAUGAUUUGUGGUUGAUCUAGAAAGAUGAGAAUACAUGUUGUAGAUAUGUAAAAUAAAUAUUUUAGCCUUCUUAUUACAUAUAUGUUGCAUCAUGAACUUUAUCAAUAGUAUGGAUCUUUUCAAAUCAAUAAGAUGCUUUGUAAAGCUAAAAUAUGAAAUACUUUGUUUAAUCUGUGCAAUCAGAAGGCAAUUUGACCUUCAAUUCCAUCAGUUUCUUUUAACAAAAAUAAAUACUGCUAAAAGUUA